UUCGGCUAAUCCGCGGCAGGUGAAGGCGCAGGCAGAGCGAGGAUAAGGCGGAGGCGCGGCCGCUGCGCUCCCUUCCCUGAGGAGGCCCGUCGGUGUCCUUCCGCUCGCAGAGGGGACUCCUGCUGCUGCUGCUUUUCCUCCUCAGCGUUUUUUUUCUCUCUCUCUCUCUCUUUCUCUCUCUCUCUCUUUCGGCCUGCCCCGCCAUUACGAGCUGCCCUCGCCGGCUCCUCCGCCCUCCGCUUCGCCGUCUCUGCGUUCCUGAGGAAAGGCCAGCGCCCCAUCCCCGGCGUCGGGCUGGAGCCCCCAAACCCCAACAACGCUUCCGCCGCCAUGGCACAAAUAUUACCCAUCCGCUUCCAGGAGCAUCUCCAGCUCCAGAACCUGGGUAUCAACCCAGCCAACAUCGGCUUCAGUACUUUGACCAUGGAAUCUGACAAAUUCAUCUGCAUACGAGAGAAAGUGGGAGAGCAGGCUCAGGUGGUCAUCAUUGAUAUGAAUGACCCGAACAAUCCGAUCCGCCGGCCAAUUUCGGCUGAUAGUGCCAUCAUGAACCCUGCUAGCAAAGUGAUUGCCCUCAAAGCCGGGAAGACCCUUCAGAUUUUUAACAUUGAGAUGAAGAGCAAAAUGAAGGCUCACACCAUGACGGAUGAUGUCACCUUUUGGAAGUGGAUUUCCCUGAACACCGUUGCGCUGGUCACCGACAAUGCUGUUUACCACUGGAGCAUGGAAGGGGAGUCUCAGCCGGUCAAAAUGUUUGAUCGUCAUUCCAGUCUUGCGGGUUGCCAGAUUAUCAAUUAUCGUACCGAUGCCAAGCAGAAAUGGCUGCUUCUGACUGGAAUUUCUGCCCAGCAAAACCGUGUCGUUGGAGCCAUGCAACUUUAUUCCGUGGAUAGGAAAGUGUCACAGCCGAUCGAAGGCCACGCUGCCAGUUUUGCCCAAUUCAAGAUGGAAGGCAACACAGAAGAAUCCACCCUGUUCUGCUUCGCGGUGCGAGGGCAAGCUGGAGGCAAGUUGCAUAUUAUUGAGGUUGGGGCACCUCCCACCGGAAACCAGCCCUUCCCUAAGAAAGCUGUGGAUGUCUUCUUCCCACCAGAAGCCCAGAACGACUUCCCCGUAGCAAUGCAGAUUAGUGAAAAGCACGAUGUUGUUUUUCUGAUCACCAAAUACGGCUACAUCCAUCUGUACGACCUUGAAACGGGCACCUGCAUCUACAUGAACAGAAUCAGUGGGGAAACUAUCUUUGUGACUGCGCCACACGAAGCCACGGCUGGAAUCAUUGGCGUCAAUAGGAAAGGACAGGUGCUUUCAGUGUGUGUGGAGGAAGAGAACAUUAUCCCGUACAUCACCAAUGUGCUGCAGAAUCCCGACCUGGCCCUGCGAAUGGCCGUCCGUAACAAUCUCGCCGGGGCCGAAGAGCUCUUUGCCCGAAAAUUCAAUGCCCUUUUCGCCCAAGGGAGCUACUCAGAAGCAGCCAAAGUAGCAGCAAACGCCCCGAAGGGAAUAUUGCGCACUCCAGACACCAUCCGCCGGUUCCAGAGUGUCCAAGCACAACCAGGGCAGACGUCCCCUCUGCUUCAAUAUUUUGGAAUUUUGCUCGACCAAGGGCAAUUGAAUAAAUACGAGUCCCUGGAACUCUGCCGGCCGGUCCUCCAGCAAGGACGCAAGCAGCUUCUGGAGAAAUGGUUGAAAGAAGACAAACUGGAAUGCUCUGAAGAACUGGGAGACCUGGUGAAGUCUGUGGACCCAACGUUGGCCCUGAGUGUCUACCUACGUGCUAACGUUCCCAGUAAGGUCAUUCAGUGUUUUGCGGAAACGGGACAAGUUCAGAAGAUCGUGCUGUAUGCCAAGAAGGUCGGUUACACUCCAGACUGGAUCUUCCUCCUGAGAAACGUAAUGCGGAUCAGCCCGGACCAAGGACAGCAGUUUGCCCAGAUGUUGGUGCAGGAUGAAGAACCUCUGGCAGAUAUUACCCAAAUAGUAGAUGUGUUUAUGGAAUACAACUUGAUCCAGCAGUGUACAGCUUUCCUCUUGGAUGCCCUGAAAAACAACCGUCCAUCUGAAGGGCCUUUGCAAACUCGUUUGCUUGAAAUGAAUCUCAUGCAUGCACCUCAGGUUGCCGACGCCAUCUUGGGGAAUCAGAUGUUCACCCACUACGACCGAGCUCACAUCGCUCAACUCUGCGAGAAAGCCGGUCUCCUCCAAAGGGCGCUGGAACACUUCACUGACUUGUAUGACAUCAAGCGAGCUGUGGUUCACACUCACCUUCUCAAUCCUGAGUGGCUGGUGAACUAUUUCGGCUCCCUUUCUGUGGAAGAUUCCUUGGAAUGCUUGCGGGCGAUGCUGUCGGCAAACAUCCGCCAGAACUUGCAGAUCUGCGUCCAGGUGGCUUCCAAGUACCAUGAGCAGCUUUCAACCCAGUCGCUCAUCGAGCUCUUUGAGUCAUUCAAGAGUUUUGAAGGUCUCUUCUACUUCUUGGGCUCUAUUGUUAACUUCAGUCAAGACCCGGACGUGCACUUCAAAUACAUCCAAGCUGCUUGUAAGACCGGCCAAAUUAAAGAGGUGGAAAGAAUUUGCAGGGAGAGCAAUUGCUACGAUCCAGAACGUGUGAAGAAUUUCCUCAAGGAAGCCAAGCUGACAGACCAGCUCCCGCUGAUCAUUGUUUGCGACCGCUUUGAUUUUGUCCAUGACCUGGUCCUGUAUCUGUAUAGGAACAGUCUUCAGAAAUAUAUUGAGAUCUACGUGCAAAAGGUAAGAGACCAUCUUCACUUUCAGAAAUCGAGUCAUGAAACUUUGGGGGUUUUGAUGCUCUCUGAUCUUGGAGGCCCUCACCCUUAUUGUGUCAACCCCUUUCUCCUCCAGGUCUGCAAUGAGAAUUCACUCUUCAAGAGCCUGUCCCGUUACCUGGUGCGCCGUAAGGAUCCAGAACUGUGGGCCAGCGUGCUGUUGGAAAGCAACCCUUACCGGCGGCCCCUCAUCGACCAGGUUGUGCAGACAGCUCUCUCUGAGACUCAGGAUCCCGAAGAGGUCUCAGUUACCGUCAAGGCUUUCAUGACCGCCGACCUCCCGAAUGAACUUAUUGAACUGCUGGAGAAAAUUGUCCUGGAUAAUUCCGUGUUCAGCGAACACAGGAAUCUCCAGAACCUCCUCAUUCUGACAGCCAUCAAGGCCGAUCGCACCCGGGUCAUGGAAUACAUCAAUCGCCUGGAUAACUAUGAUGCUCCUGACAUCGCCAACAUCGCCAUCAGCAAUGAGCUCUUUGAAGAAGCCUUUGCCAUCUUUAGGAAAUUUGACGUUAACACUUCUGCCAUCCAGGUCUUGAUUGAGCACAUUGGGAACCUGGACCGGGCCUAUGAGUUUGCCGAACGUUGCAAUGAGCCCGCGGUGUGGAGCCAGCUGGCCAAAGCCCAACUCCAGAAAGGGAUGGUGAAGGAAGCCAUCGACUCCUACAUCAAAGCAGACGAUCCGUCAUCCUACAUGGAAGUUGUCCAGGCUGCCAACGCAAGCGGCAACUGGGAAGAGCUGGUGAAGUACUUGCAGAUGGCCCGCAGAAAGGCCCGGGAAUCCUAUGUGGAGACGGAGCUCAUUUUUGCUCUGGCCAAAACAAACCGCUUGGCCGAACUGGAAGAAUUCAUCAACGGGCCCAACAACGCCCACAUUCAGCAAGUUGGCGAUCGUUGCUACGAGGAGAAGAUGUACGAUGCAGCCAAACUUCUGUACAACAACGUCUCCAAUUUUGGCCGCUUGGCCUCCACGUUGGUUCAUUUGGGUGAAUACCAGGCAGCGGUUGACGGAGCCCGGAAGGCAAACAGCACAAGAACAUGGAAGGAGGUUUGCUUUGCCUGUGUCGAUGGGAAGGAAUUCCGCUUGGCCCAGAUGUGCGGUUUGCAUAUCGUCGUGCACGCCGAUGAACUGGAAGAACUCAUUAAUUACUACCAGGUUUUGAGGGCCGCUGAGCAAGCCCACCUCUGGGGAGAGCUGGUUUUCCUGUACGAUAAAUACGAAGAAUACGAUAAUGCUAUUAUCACGAUGAUGAACCAUCCCACGGAUGCCUGGAAAGAAGGGCAGUUCAAGGACAUCAUCACUAAGGUGGCGAAUGUGGAGCUUUACUACAAAGCGAUUCAGUUUUACCUAGAAUUUAAACCUCUGCUGCUCAACGACUUACUGAUGGUGCUUUCACCACGGCUGGAUCAUACCCGUGCAGUCAAUUUCUUUAGUAAGGUGAAGCAACUUCCGCUGGUGAAGCCCUACCUGCGCUCGGUGCAGAACCACAAUAACAAAUCAGUGAAUGAGUCCCUCAACAACCUCUUCAUUACAGAAGAAGAUUACCAGGCUCUUCGGACAUCGAUAGACGCCUACGACAACUUCGACAACAUCUCCCUCGCCCAGCGCCUGGAGAAACACGAGCUGAUAGAGUUUAGGAGAAUCGCCGCCUAUCUCUUCAAAGGGAACAACCGCUGGAAGCAAAGCGUAGAACUCUGCAAAAAAGACCGACUGUACAAGGACGCCAUGCAAUACGCCUCAGAGUCCAAAGACACGGAGCUGGCGGAGGAAUUGCUGCAGUGGUUCCUCCAGGAAGGCAAGCAAGAAUGUUUUGGCGCCUGUCUCUUUACCUGCUACGAUCUUCUCCGGCCCGACGUGGUCUUGGAAACCGCCUGGAGACACAACAUCAUGGACUUUGCCAUGCCCUACUUCAUUCAGGUCAUGAAGGAAUACUUGAGCAAGGUGGACAAGCUGGAUGCCUCAGAAUCGCUGAGGAAAGAGGAAGAGCAGGCGACGGAGACCCAGCCCAUUGUUUACGGUCAGCCCCAGCUCAUGUUGACGGCUGGCCCCAGCGUGGCGGUCCCUCCACAAGCACCUUUUGGUUACGGCUACACCGCACCUCCAUAUGGGCAACCCCAACCCGGGUUUGGAUACAGCAUGUAAGGAAGCCAGCGGGGAGCCAGCAUCCUUUUGUGGAACCUCCACCAUCCCUCUCACGCCUGACUCCGCAGGGAAAACAAAAGAAACAAACCUUGUGUCCUCGUAACAUUUAUUUUAUGAAGGACUGUGUUUUUCUGUUUGUUCCUCCUCUCUCCCUCCCUUUCUUCCUUCUUCCUUCCCUCCUUCCCUCUCCCCCGCAAGCUCUCCAGAUCCCUCCUUCCCUAAAUGCCAACUCCCUCUUUCUUCACAUUCCACAUCUUCCACCCCACCCCCCUCCGGUGGGAAUACUUUUAAAUGUUCCAGCAGGCUUCUCCCCACCCACCAACCCUUAUUAUUAUUAUUAUUUUUUUGCAAAAUUGCUUCUGACAUGAAACAUCCCGCACCCCUCAUCCCAGCUUUCUCUUCCCAUUUGCACUCUUGGAAAAAGCGUUCUGGUCUCUUUCGGUCCGGGGUCCAUGAGCAGUUUGUAAGUGUGUGUCGUUUCCGUCCUCCGUCCCCCCGCCCAAUGUUUUAAAAAGUGGCAUAUUCUGAACAGAAGGGGCAGAGGUGGUGAAAGGAAGAUUUAUUGAGUUGGUGCAUUUGAAACACUAAAAGGAAAAUUUUUGGAUGGCUUGGCUCUUGAAAUCAGUAAAAUUGGAGAGAGAGAGAGAGAGAGAGAGCUCGCAGAUAAGAUACCGAAAACCUGUCCUGUAUUUUUAAAAAAAACACGACCCACUUAAUAGAGGCUCCAUUUAAACCUGUGCAGGUUUCCAGUUUAGAUGUACAGAAAACGCCAAUGUUUUUUGCUCACUCCGUGUGUAAUCCCACCGAUCCUUCCGUUGUGCUAGUGCGCUUUUUUCUUUUUGUGGGGACCAUUUUAUAUUCCACUUGAGGAACAAGACGCAGGAAGGGUGGGGGAGGGCACCAUAAAUCCAAUCUUGCGUGUUUCUGACUAACCUCGCUCUCCAGUUUGUGUAUGUUGGAUAUUGUGGUGUUUCCAAAUCACUUCCCCCUCUCCCUUCCCCUCCCCUGAGUGUACAGAAGAAAGAGAGAGAGAGAGAGAGAAUUGAAGGGGGCGUUUGGGAAACCCCAAUGGUUGGUUCAGUUUUGCUUGUGCAAUUGAAAAAAAAUAUGACUCAAAUUGGAAAAAAAAAAGAUAAUAAACGACUGGACUGUGGAUAUCCUCUAUAGUAGUUUUUCAGUAUGUAUGUCUUCAAACUCCUUUAUAAUGUAUGCGCUUGGCCUCAAAGCAACAAAAUAAAACAAAACUACCAAUAUUUAUAAAUAUAAAGUUUGGCAGUGUUCUUCAGGUCCAAAAGCAGGAACUAGCAACUUAGCAAAUGUUUGUUUUUCCAACUUCUGACUGUGGAGUGGAUCUUGGACAGGUGACUUGCACUGAUGGAGAUUCCUUGAGAUGAAUGGGAAAUGCUUGGAGCUAUAAACGAGGAAAAAAUCGAUGGCACUUUUUCAAGCCUUCAGCUGGGCCUGAGCCUCUGAAAGGCAUUCUUCUUCCCAACAAAACAAAACAAAACAAAACAAAAAUCUUUAGGGUUGUAGUUUUGAGUGUUUCCAGUUUUAAAUCUGACAAAAGAUCAUGUUAUAGGUAUGUUAAGUUGCCUUAAUAUAUUUAGCUUCGAAAUAAAAUUUGACUUAAAUGU